AUGCCGCCGCCUCCAGAGAAGCCAUGCCCAAAGAGAAUGGACGAGCUAGCUAAGAGCGUGGAGAGGGUGAUUUUUCAUAUGGAAAAUGACCCCAAAAAGGACCACUUUAUGUACCAGUUUGUCAAGAACGUCAAACUCUUUGCAGACGCGGUGGUCAAGGAGCAGACGAUCUUAAAGCUGGAUGAGGUGUGGAAGGCCCUGGAGCAGAUCCAGCUCAACACCACCGCGCUACGCAAAAACAUCAAAAGCGCUACUUUCGCGGGCUCUUCCACCCCAGGGGUGCCGCCUGUUGAGCUCGGGCAGAAUAGCAGCGUGACCGUCAAAGUGAGAGACGCCGCCAUGAAGAACUCCCUCCAUCGACUCACCCCAGUACAACUAAAGGACAAGGCAGAGAGAGCAAUUGAAGAGGCCUGCAAGAGGAUAAAUAGCAGAGCGCUCGCUGAUGCACCCUUUAUCACCGCACAAUGUCUCCCUUCCGGAGACAUCAAACUCACGGCAUCCAACGCCGCCGCCACCAAGGUCCUACGGAACCACGCUGACCACUGGGUCAAGGUUUUUAGGGGUGAUGCCUCAGUCCGCACGCCGACAUGGGGGGUGGUCGUCCAUGGAGUCCCAACAGGCAGCUUAAGAUUAACACCGGAGACCAUGGGGGAUAUGAUCAUGAGGGUAAUAGUAGAGAAUCAGCACACCUGGGGCACAAGGGGUCGCGUCGCUCAUAUGGGCUGGUUAAUGCGCCCUCAGCCAGGCAAGAAGACAGGUUCCGUGGUCAUGGAGUUCCUGCACCCAGAGGACGCCAACGAAGCGAUACAGCGGGGCACGGUAUGGGAGGCCCGUAUCUACGACACGGCGGUCCUGUGCCGAGAGGGUCGAAGCAAGCUAUGCAACAAGUGCCAGAAACCGGGGCAUGUCCAGAUCCAGUGCCCAAACCGGGCCAUAUGCGGCGCCUGCGCGGAGGGUCAUCCGACCUGGGAGUGUCCCUCCAAGCAGGGCAAGGAAAUCAUGGUGAAAUAUGCCAACUGUAAACAAGCUCACAGGGCGUCGUCGCCCAAAUGUCCCGUACGAAUUGAGGCCCAGCAACGGGCCCAGGCUGCCAUUAUACGGUGUGAACCGUUCCACUGCGUCCCUGUGCCCGGUAGCCCUGAGCGAGAGGCCGCUAAACCACGUAUCAUGACAAAAACGGUAGCCAAAAGACCAGUAGGACGCCCGCCGUCCAACAAAUCGAAAUCAAGCGACAGCAUCCCGCUGCCGGACAAUGAAAUCCAGGCCGUGUACGCCGCGUCCCAAUCGGCCUCUCAAUCCACGAAGAGGUCUCAGAGGCUAGGAGAGCCUCAGGGACCGAUGACAGACCCAGAGCGACCUCUCCGGAAACCCCGGGGCCCACGACACGUACCGAACGUGGAUUCUGACUCCGAUGAUCCUCUAGUGGGAAUGCACGCCGACACCGUUAUGGAUACCAAUGAGGCCAUGGUGAUGGCGCCAUUCCUCUGGGACCUGUGGGUCCUCGAGGCCGACGUAAUUGCGUGCCAGGAACCCUGGAGGAACAAGCUCAACGAGACAACGCAUAAUCUGGCAGCAGGGACGCACCAGCUAUUAUAUCCAAAGAAAUCAGAAUAUGGGGAGGAAGAGGCAGCACGUGUCUGUAUAUACGUGUCUAAGCGCGUGGAUCCUGCGUGCUGGACACAUGAGGUAGUUUCACGGGACUAUCAGAUUCUCAAGCUGACUGAUGCUCACAGGGACUAUUACAUGUCUAAGUCCUACUACCCUGUGGCACUACUCAACACCCUCGGCAAGCCUGCUCCCCGUACACGCCAGAACCGAUCCAAAUCGACCCCAGGAACGCCCAUUUUACAGUCUGAUAUCGCGCCAUUACAGGAGACGCAUGUUGAGUCCAUCCGCCCUGUCCGCCGCGGCAGGAGCGCGCGUACAAUCCCGGACGACGAGUCAGAAGACGAGCUGAGCAGCUCGGACUACGACACGUUCACCAAACCAAGUGAGCCUGUCGGCCAGGGCGACACUAUGAUGACCACGAAUCUCGAAGACAGCGCUUGGGCUACUAAUCAGUAA